CACUGAUCCCGCGGGAUUCUGGGAUCUCUGCAUCCAGCCUCACGUUCACCAGGGACACGAAGGACUGACUGAGAUCCAAAACGUUCCGGGCAGGCUCGAGCCUGAAACGUUAAAGCCUCCCCGGGCUCAAGAAAGCGGCUCCCGCUGCCCGGAGACCCCGGGGCUUGUGCUCGAGGGCCUGGUGGCCGCCAGCUCACUAAGGGGCAUCACCAGUGAAUCCCACCUUGGGCCCCCCUAAGGGCAGCGUCGUGAAUGAAGGGCCGGGCCCUGCUCGGGCCACAUCGGCCCGUUCUGACCUGUUCUAGGAGAGCACGGCCUGAAAGGGGCCGGGAGGAUGGGGCAGCACGGGGAGGACCGAGACCAGGCCGGGCAAGGCCGGGCUUCUCAGGGCCUCAGCGAGCCACGGCAGGCCCGGGAGCCUCGGGGCAGGAACUGCGGCCGCUUCCGGGAGAACUCGGGAGAGCGAGUCUCGUGUGCUGGUUUUCCCUCUUGUCCGGACUUUUCUCUCCCAACGUGACUCACAAAGCCGGGGGCAUUUUAAAAAUUCAAUUACAACAAAGCCCAGGCUGCGGGAGGAUGGAGGAGGCUCCUGAGGAGCCAACGGUGCCGGAGGAUGACUCCAGAACCCACUUGCCUCUGAAGUACUUCCUGGUGCAGGGGAAGGAGGAGGACCCAGGGGAGCUGAGAGGUUGCCAGGAGGAAGCUAAUGAGUCGGAUAGUGAGGGGGCCUCUGACCUGGAAGAGCCCAGGGGGCUGUUCGACCUCAGCGGCAGGUCCCAGUACCUGGCGGCCUGUGAGGCCUACGGUGUGGUGCCCAUCUCCUCCUUCCUUCACCACAUGCACGAUUCUGAGCUCAUGCUGAAGCACCGCGGCCUGGGGCCUCAGGGGGCCCAGGCCCUGGCCUUGGCCUUGAUGAACAACACCUCCAUUGUGAGACUGAAUCUGAGUGACAACUGGCUGAACGAGGAGGGCACGGUCGCCAUCGCCGGGAUGCUCAAGGAAAACUGCUUCAUCGCAGAUCUCGAUUUGUCUGAUAACAAAGUGGGGGUCAAAGGCGCCAAGGCUCUGUGCGCCGCCCUGAUGGAGAACACGUCUGUGCGCCGGCUCCGGUUAUCCGGAAGCGACCUAGGCACUCACGCCACCAAAGACGUUGCCGAUGCGCUGAUGGUCAACACCAAGAUGGAGCUGCUGGACUUGAGCCACAACCUUCUGGAUGAGGAGGCUGGGGAGCGACUCGGGCCAGCCUUGGCAGAAAACAUUGGCAUAAAGGAGCUCAAUCUCAGCUGGAACCACCUGCGGGGCUCCGGAGCUGUGAUCUUCGCCCGUGGCAUCGGGCUCAACACGUACCUCAGGGUGCUGGACCUCUCCUACAAUGGCUUCGGUGACGAGGGAGCGGCCGCCAUGGGGGAGGCUCUGAGAGUCAAUGGCGUGCUGGAGGAGCUCAACAUGAAUAACAACCGCAUCUCGCUGCCCGGAGCCCUGCGCUUCUCCGAGGGACUGAGUGAAAACCGAACUCUGAGGAGCCUCUCAAUGGGCAGGAACCCCAUGCGGAGCGAGGGCUGCCUCAGCAUCCUCAGGGCCGUCCAGAUGAAUCCAUACUCGGGGCUCAUGGUUUUGGAUUUCUCGGACAUCCACCUAAACAAAGACUUCGAGGACCUGGCUUGUUCUAUGAAAGAGGUCUCUCCCCAGCUCUGUAUCAAGCAUGGCAACCCCCGGGCCUAGACCGACGUCCUGGAACGCGGCUGCCAUCACCUGCCACCCAGAAGUCCCAGGAAUCGUCCCUGUCUCCCGAGAGGGCCCAGCAGCAGCCGGGCCCCGGUGCCCUGGAAUCAUGGACGUGCCCCUCUGGGCCUCUCCGGGACAGAGCUUCCCCGCGCCAGGACUCAGGACAGUCACCCACCAGCCACCCUUGGAAGUCCGGCCCGCCGUCCCUGGGACCCACUGCCCGCCCCCGCUGCUGUCUGCUUGGGGAAAGCUCGCCCAUGGCUCUCGCCUCUGUUCUGUUGUCUGAGAGCUCUGGGCUCCCCAGCCCUCUGGAGGCCAAACCUCCGCCCCUCCCCUCUCCCCUCCACCCCUUUCUCACUAAGCCUUAAUGUUGUUUCCAGUA